UGCUCUCGGUACCGAGCCAUGUGGGUAAUUGAACCAGACUCACCUACCUGCCACUCUGCCGCCUUGCCUGCCAGGAACCACUCCCAGGAAUCCAGCAACGCGGAGUCACGACUGAUGUGUGAGGCUCCGGCAGCCCAGCAGGGCGGCGCCAGCAGCUCAGGAAGCAGCCUGGGGAGCUCUGUCACAGCCUGUAAGAAGGUGCUUCGCAGCAACAGCCUACUCGAGUCCACAGACUACUGGCUGCAGAACCAGAGGACGCCCUGCCAGAUUGGCUUCGUGGAGGACAGGUCUGAACACACGGCUUGCGCCUCCGUCUGCUUUGUGAACCUGGAUGUGAACAAGGAUGAGUGCAGCACGGAGCACCUGCAGCAGAAAUUGGUCAGCGUUUCACCAGAUCUCCCAAAACUCAUCAGCUCCAUGAAUGUCCAAAAACCCAAAGAAAAUGAAAUUGUCCUCCUCAGUGGGUUAACAUCUGGAAAUCUCCAGGCAGAUUUUAAAGUUUCACAGUGCCCCUGGCUGCCAGAUAUCUGCCUGGUCCAGUGUGCGAGAGGGAACAGACCGAACAGUACCAAUUGCAUCAUCUUCGAAAUCAACAAGUUUUUGCUUGGUCUGGAACUGGUGCAGGAGCGACAGCUCCACCUGGAAGCAAACAUCUUGAAGGUGGAGGAUGACACAAACUGCUCCCUGUCUUCCAUCGAGGAAGACUUUCUCACAGCCUCUGAACACUUGGAGGAAGAGAGCGAGGUGGAAGAAUAUAGGAACGGUUGUGAGGGUAUAAAUGUCUCAGCCAACGAUAUGGAAAGUAAAAAGCCAAAGGAAAUCAUGCAGGAGGAAUGGAAUUACAAUAAGGAAGAGUCCCUUUAUACUUUGGAAAACAAAUACAUUAGCAAGUAUCCUAUGACACUGAUUAAAACAGAAGGAUCUCUGGGAAAAGAAGCAGAAGAUACAACUUUGCAAAGUCUAGAUCCAUCAGCUGAACUAUCAGAGCAGAAAGGUGAAGCUGUGGGGAGUGAGGGGACAGCCACAGAUUAUCAUUAUUCAGAAAAUGUCAAAGACCAAGCGGAAGUGCUGCAGGCACUAUGUAUUCCAGACAAUGCUUGUUUCCCUGGGGUGCUUAUGACAGAUGGGCCUUGUGCCUGUGGCACUGUCAUGGGGCAUGGCCACGACUCAGACCCGGGAAACCAUGAAGGCGGAACACACUCGCUUCUUCCCAUGCAAGAUGGAGAAGCCACAACUGGAGAGUAUGCUACAAACUUAGCAGAAUCUGUGCUGCAAGAUGCAUUUAUUAGAUUAUCUCAGUCCCAGCCUACACUCCCCCAGGAAUCUGCAGUGAGUGUCUCUGUAGGAAGCGCUCUGCUCCCAAGUGGCUGCUCCACAAAAGAUAUCGUGGUCUCUCAGUCAUGGAAUGACGUCCCCAAAAUUGUCAUUGUUCAGAGUCCAGAUGGCAGCAACGCUGCCCCUGAGCCAGGCAUCUCCUUGUGUUCUGAGAUGGAAGUCUCUCUUGACACCUCAGGUGUCCCUUCCGGAGAGAAUGCCAGCAGGCACCCCCAGAGUGCUCUAGAAGUAGCCUUAGCAUGUGCGGCCACCAUGAUUGGAACUAUUUCUAGUCCUCGGGCCACAGAAAGACUGAAAACGGAGCAAGAAUCCCUUAUUGCCAACCACCCACUGGGAUGCAAUGAACCACUGCAGACGCAAGCGGCCCAAGCACUCAAGGAAAUUUCCAUCAGUGAAUACUCCUUUCCAUCAGCUCUGUGUGGCAUGACUCAGGUGGCCAGUGCCGUUGCUGUCUGUGGCCUGGGGGAAAUGGGAGAGGUGAAGUGCCCUGAGGCUUCAAGUAGAAUCUUGUCUGCAGCUGAGCCUUCUGCAGCAAUUCCCCCACUUUUGAAUUUAGCAACAGGGAGGGGCGUGGAGCUGGGAAAAGAAGCCAUUGCAGAGGCGCUGUUCAAGGAGGCUGCUCUGGUUUUAACGAGGCCUGGUACCCACAGCGGCAUCGGAGACCUCAUGGCAUCAAUGAACCGAAGAAUUAUGGAAGCCGCUUCAAAGCCACAGAGCUUGUGCCCAGAAAAUGUGAUCGGAAAUGAACUGGCACAGGCCCUAUCCAACGUUAUCCUGAAGCACUCCAUUGAUGAAGUUCACCAGCUAAAUAAAAUAACCGACCCCAACAAUGGCGGGCAGUCACCUGAAACUGUGGACACGCUAAUGGAAAGUACACAUCAGCUGCUCUUCAAUGUGAUAUGCUUCACGUUCCAGAAGAUGAGCCACAUUGCCCAGCAUGGUGAAUGUCCUGCUGUUCUUUCUACGGAGACCACUGGAUGGAGGGAACCCGAACUGGGCCCCCGGACACCUGAUCAGGCUGCUGGUCAGACAUGGACAAAAGCCACUGAACACUACAGUAGCCGUCCACUCAUUAAUCCACGUAGCACUAGUCUUGUCAUCAAUGACCUUGUAGAUGACAUGUCUCCUCAGCAGGCCAGUAAUGGCUCAGCAAAGCCAGGCCUCUUCCAGAACCCCAUGCUGCAGCCUGAAUGGACUUGUAGUGCCAGAGUGCCUGAUUCUUUGACGGCUAAAAUAUCCCCCAAGGAAACAUAUCCGAAAGGAACCAUGGGAAAGGAUGCAAAAAACCCUCACCGGACACGGAGUCACAUUGUGAAUGAACGCAGAGCCUCUUCAGAGGAAGAAAGGACACCAACAGUCACCAAGUGCAACAGCAGUUCCCAGGAUUCUGAGGACAGCUUCGGUCCAAACAUCCAAGAAAAGUACAGCUGUACCUCACCUCUAAACGAUGAAGUUCAAGUUAAUCUGUCUUUGUUAGGGAAUGACUUGCCCCUUCAUGCUCAGUCCAUGCUACACACAAAACACACAGACCUGUACUGCAUUACAGACUUUGCUGAAGAAUUAGCAGAGACCAUUGUCUCCAUGGCAACUGAAAUCGCAGCAAUUUGCCUUGACAACUCAAAUGGGAAACAACCCUGGUUUUGUGCAUGGAAAAGAGGGAGUGAGUUUCUGGUCACUCCGAACGUAUCCUGCCGAUCCGUGAAGAGGAAGAAGGAGAGUCAGGCCAGUGGGACCUCUGUGCGGAAACACAAGCCGCCACGACUCAGCGAGAUCAAGCGGAAAACGGAUGAGCACCCAGAGCUUAAAGAGAAGCUGAUGAACAGGGUCCAUGAUGAGUCCAUGAACCUCGAGGACGUCCCAGAUUCUGUCAACGUCUUUGCAAACGAAGUGGCAGCCAGGAUCGUGAACCUAACGGAGUUUUCCCUGGUGGAUGGCGUCUGGCAAGCCCAGAGCUUUCCCCGGAAUCGCUUGCACAGCGGAGACAGGUGGAUGCGGCGCAAGGCCUCCAGCUGUGAAAGCAUCGCGGAGGAGGACUGCAACGCCAGGGCCUAUGUCAGCAGCCUGGGCUUAACGAGCGCCCUCAGUCAGCCGGGGAGCAGGGCCAGCUCUGUCUCCAAGCAGUCGAGCUGCGAGAGCAUCACCGACGAGUUUUCCAGGUUCAUGGUGAACCAGAUGGAAACUGAAGGAAGAGGAUUUGAGUUACUGCUGGAUUACUAUGCAGGCAAGAACGCCAGCAGCAUUGUGAGCUCAGCUGUGCAGCAGGCCUGCCGGAGAAGCGACCACCUCAGCGUGAGGCCAAGCUGUCCUUCCAAGCAGUCCAGCACGGAGAGCAUCACCGAGGAGUUCUAUAGGUACAUGCUGAGGGACGCGGAGAGAGAAAACAAGGACAGCACCUCCUCCAGGCGCGGCAGCCAGGACUGGACGGCCGGCUUACUGUCACCUUCCCUGAGAUCCCCACUGUGUUACAGACAGUCGUCUAUGCCAGACAGCAGAGCCCUGGGUGCCCGGCUGACCGUAAAUGCACCACUGAAAGCCAACUCCUUAGAUGGCUUUGCUCAGAACAGCCAGCGAGACUUCCUGAGCGUACAGCCAGUCAGCAGUGCUACCUCCACCGGGCUCUGCAAAUCCGAUUCUUGCUUGUAUCGCAGGAGUGGGACUGACCAGAUCACGACCAUGUUAAUUCAUGAGACAUGGGCGAACUCCAUCGAGGCCCUUAUGCGGAAGAACAAAAUUAUAGCGGAUGAUGGCCAAGCCAAUGCUGAGCCCGGGUCUGGGGGCUCUCCCUUGCAUGGAGACAAGUGUGCAAACAGAUUGGCUUCAGGCAGAGUGCAAACUGGGCCGAUUCUUCUUGUCCAAGAGUCUAUUGAUUACCAGAGGAAAGACUCUGUUACCAAAAGCCUGCAUCCCCCAGGGUCCUCUCCCAGUGAAGCUGAUCAUCUGAGCCUAGAUUCUGAAAAGGAAACUUCCUUGUGUCAUGGUGGUGUCCUUAUACGCCACCCCGGGCAAUCACGUCUCUUGAGGGAAGUACCUUUAAUUCAGAUUGAAACAGACCAGAGAGAAGAGUGUGUUGGUGAACCUGAACACAUCCCGUCCAAAGACAGCCCCCCAGAAGAAACAGAGGAGCAUUCGAAGGAAGACAAAAUCCCAGACGCGGGGAGGGCUGGAGAUGCUGAGAAGAGUACCUGCCAGAACCAAAGUGACAGCCUUGAAGCCAGAGAUGGACCAGAGGCUGAAGUCCCGACAGAAGGCAGAGCCCCCAGUGAGGUUCCCAACCCUCCCAGCAGCAGUGGGGAGAGCACAGAAAGCUGGUGCCAGCUCGCCAACGAGGAGGACAACCCAGACGACACAAGUAGCUUUCUGCAGUUCAGUGAGCGAUCCAUGAGCAAUGGCAACAGUAGUACCACUAGCAGUCUUGGCAUUAUGGACCUGGACAUUUAUCAGGAAAGCAUGCCAUCUUCUCCCAUGAUUAAUGAAUUAGUAGAAGAAAAGGAGAUUCUUAAAGGACAGUCAGAAAAAGGAGAGGAAUGUGUCCCUGGAGCACCUGUGGGAGCAGCCAGCCACCAGGGCAGCCUGCUGGUGAUCAACUUUGACCUGGAGCCAGAGUGUCCUGAUGCUGAGCUUCGAGCCACUCUGCAGUGGAUAGCUGCCUCUGAACUUGGGAUUCCUACCAUCUACUUUAAGAAAUCUCAGGAAAACAGAGUUGAAAAGUUUCUAGAUGUGGUUCGGCUGGUUCACCAGAAGUCCUGGAAAGUGGGGGAUAUCUUCCACGCUGUCGUUCAGUACUGCAAAAUGCACGAGGAGCAGAAAGACGGGACCCCGAGUCUCUUUGACUGGCUGCUGGACCUGGGAUAA